CAUGGGGAGACCAGCAGGUAGAUGAGGUCCUGCGCUCUAAGUCAGGGACAAGAAACUUCCAUGAAUGGUUGCAGAGGUCUCACUUUUACCACAUGAUAUGCCCCACGCACUAACCAACUCCACUUCAAAACUCUUCAUGACUUUCCUCCUAACCCCCUCCUUUUUUUUCGCCUCCCACCUUCCUCCACAGAAUGUGUGCGCCGCUGAACGCGGCCCCAAUAAUCAUAGGCGGGCCCCUAUGGGAGAGCCUUUGCCAGUAUGUAUGAUAAAAAUUAGCUUAGCUACUAGAUAGGCGAGUCCGCUUCGCCCGUCGUAUAUUCCGCUCCGGGAUCUUUGUGGGCACGUGACCAACGCACGUGCCACUUUUCCGACGUAAAAUAGCAACUACUACUACUACUACUACAUAUCG